CAGGUUACAUUUAACUGGACAUGUUGAAGGACAGCAAUUUGUACAAUAAUUUCAAAACAUAAUUUUAAAAACUAGAAAGAAUAUUGUUUAACAUUUUAACUACACAUGGAUAAAUACAUUUUACAGCUUUACUCAAAAAACAGUCAAUUGCAUCAUGGGAAUGCGCGAAAAUUCGCUUUCACUUUUGAUAAGCAUCCCUCACGAGCGUCUUCUGGAUCCAAAACAUCGAGUUGAAAAGAGUUGUCCCAUUGCAAACGUCGCUGUGUAAGAUGCAACGAUGGACAAGGCUGCCUCAACUCCUAACUCCACUCUCACAAACAGACAGCGUGGAAAUGAAGUUACAGUUCGACCAGCAACAUUAGACAGCCUAUCUAUUCACCAAUUGGCUGCUCAGGGUGACAUUCCACAGCUGACCAUCCAUCUUGCCAAAGAUAACGCCUUGCUGAACAGCACUGACAAAUGUGGAUACACACCGCUCAUGUGGGCCUCAGCUUUCGGUGAAAUUGACACAGUGAAACUCCUCCUAGAAACAGGUGCAGAUCCCAAUGUUCUUGCUAGGGAGCGAGAAAGUGCCUUGACAUUGGCCAGCUCCAGAGGCUAUGCAGACAUUGUCAAUCUUCUUCUGGAAAAAGGUGUUGAUGUCGACUCGUACGACUGGAAUGGAGGAACCCCUCUCCUGUACGCCGUGCGAGGUAAUCACAUCAAAUGUGUAUUUGCCCUGUUAGCCGGUGGUGCGGACAUCAGCUUUGAAGCGGACUCUGGGUAUAACCCAAUGGAUCUGGCCGUAGCUCUGGGGCACAAAGAAGCUCAAAAGGCAAUUCAGGACCAUAUACUGAUACUGUUAAAACACAAGACGCGAGGUAGCAUUGAAAAAGCACUCAAAGCUCAAAAGGAAAAAAUGGAAAAAGAGGAAAAAGCGCGUCUGGGCUCAAAGGAAAAGGAGGAUGGGAAAAGAUGACUGGCGUUCCAGGCAACAGAGGAACACAACUAACUGAAUAAGGGACCAAAACAACUGAGUACAAAAUAUUUUUUACACUAUGGUUUGUAUAUGGGUUCUCCUCAUACUUUAAAAGAUGAAUUUUCAAGAAUUAAGGCACUCAGCAUGGGUGAUGGAGUUUUCUAAAGAUGCUUUACUGUUCUUGUUUUCUUUUGGGGGUAGACCACCACCGUAACAAAAAACGUAGAAUGUUUUUUUCCAUCCAUGUUGCAAAGCCUGCUGUUGGAUUCUUUCCAUAAGUUUUUUUUUCAUGAUUGGCAUUUUGAUGGAGCACAUGUUAUAGCAAACAUUUGAAAUCACUUGUUCUUGCCUUGAGGUAAAAAAAAAGAAUAAUAACAUAAUAAAGCAACAUUAUUAUGAAUAUA